AUGCGUCUCUCCUUCCUAUCUGCUGCUAUUGCAGCCCUGACUAUCACUCCUGUGUCGGCAGACACGCAAGAUGCUGUCGAUGUGCUGGCUAGCAAGGCCUUGGCCACCAAGCGUGCCUAUUUGGCGGCGGAGGGCUCUUCCAACUCCAGCUGCAACAUCAACAAUGCGGCUGUUCGCAAAGAAUGGGGCUCCCUCGCGCCGGAGGACCGCAAGAAGUACACUGAUGCUGUCCUCUGCUUGAUGUCUAAGCCCCCCAAGUCUGACCCAAAUUGGGCUCCUGGUGUCCGCAACCGUUAUGAUGACUUCGUGGCGGUUCACAUUAAUCAGACGCUGUAUAUCCACGGCACGGGCAACUUCCUCACCUGGCACCGCUACUUCACCUGGGCCUAUGAGAAUGCUCUGCGUACAGAGUGUGGCUAUGAUGGCUACCAGCCAUACUGGGCAUGGAACAAGUACGCCGCCAACCCCAUCAACUCGCCCGUUUUUGACGGCACCGAGUACAGUAUGUCUGGCAACGGUGACUUCGUUCCCCACAACGGCACCCCUGCGACUGACUAUACCACCAUCCCGCCGGGUGUGGGUGGAGGUUGUGUCCGCAACGGCCCCUUCGCAAACAUGACCGUCAACCUGGGGCCGGUUGAUCCUACCCUGCAGAUCCCUGGCCUCGUAGCCCAGAACGGCAGCGGUUUGGAUUACAACCCCCGUUGCCUGCGUCGUGAUAUCUCUCCUUGGACCGCUCUGGGCUGGACCAAGACUAGCGAUGUCAUGAGCCUAAUUGAGGAGUGCGAUAACAUCUCCUGCUUCGAGUGGACCAUGCAAGGGUUCUUCGAGGAAGGUUUCCUGGGCGUUCACACGGCCGGUCACUUCACCAUUGGUGGUGAUCCGGGUGGUGAUCUGUACGCUUCUCCCGGUGAUCCGGCAUUCUAUGUCCACCACGCUAUGAUUGAUCGCGUCUUCUGGAUCUGGCAGAACCUGAACCCUGCUAACCGCACGUACGUCGUCAAGGGACCCGACUUUAUUGAUGGUCUGAUUGCAUCGCCCAACGCUACUAUUCAUGACCUUCUCUACAUGGGUAACCUGACGGUCUCGCGGGAGAUUUAUGAUGUGCUGGACACCACGGCUGGGACUCCUCUGUGCUAUAUUUAUGAGUAA